CCCCAGGACAGACCUGAGGUCUGAGUGCAGCCUCAGCCAGGUUCCUCUGGGCCCCAUUCUUAUUCAAUAGCUCUUUCCCUCUCCUUCUGUCCAGUUCAUUAAUAGAAGAGCAGCUGCGUCCUGAAGGAAUGUCUGACGCCCACAGCAGCCCUCUCGGGCUGGAGCCACUUUCCAGCAGAUACAAACUCUAUGAGGCAGAGUUCACCAGCCCAAGCUGGCCCCCAAGCUCCCCAGAUACUCACCCAGCUCUGCCUCUCCUGGAAAUGCCUGAAGAAAAGGAUCUCCGGUCUUCCAAUGAAGACAGCCACAUUGUGAAGAUUGAAAAGCCCAGUGAAAGGAGUAAAAGGAAAGAAAGCGAGGUCGCCCAUCGGGACUCUGCAGGCCAGGGGGGCAUCCGCCUCUCCCAAGCAGUGGGCUACCUCACGGGUGACAUGAAGGAGUGUGGAAGCUGGCUGAAAGACAAGCACCUCGCCCUCCAGUUCAUAGACUGGGUCCUGAGGGGGACCGCUCAGGUGAUGUUUGUCAACAAUCCACUCAGCGGCCUCAUCAUCUUCAUAGGGCUACUGAUCCAGAAUCCCUGGUGGACAAUCACUGGUGCCUUGGGGACAGUGGUCUCAACCCUAACAGCUCUCGCCUUGAGCCAAGACAGGUCUGCCAUUGCCUCAGGACUCCAUGGGUACAAUGGGAUGCUGGUGGGACUGCUGAUGGCUGUGUUCUCAGAGAAGUUAGACUACUACUGGUGGCUUCUGUUUCCUGUGACUUUCACAGCCAUGGCCUGCCCAGUUCUUUCGAGUGCCUUGAAUUCCAUCUUCAGCAAGUGGGACCUCCCGGUCUUCACGCUGCCCUUCAACAUUGCAGUCACCUCGUACCUUGCAGCCACAGGCCACUACAACCUCUUCUUCCCCACGACACUGGUAGAGCCUGUGUCUUCAGUGCCCAAUAUCACCUGGACAGAGAUGGAAAUGCCCUUGCUGUUACAAGCCAUCCCUAUUGGGGUCGGCCAGGUGUAUGGCUGUGACAAUCCCUGGACAGGCGGCGUGUUCCUGGUGGCUCUGCUCAUCUCCUCGCCACUCAUCUGCUUGCAUGCAGCCAUUGGCUCAAUUGUGGGGAUGCUAGCAGCCCUGUCAGUGGCCACGCCCUUCAAGACCAUCUACACAGGCCUCUGGAGCUACAACUGCGUCCUCUCCUGCAUCGCCAUCGGGGGCAUGUUCUAUGCCCUCACCUGGCAGACUCACCUGCUGGCCCUCAUCUGUGCCCUGUUCUGUGCAUACCUGGGAGCAGCCAUCUCCAACAUCAUGUCACUGGUAGGCGUGCCACCAGGUACCUGGGCCUUCUGCCUUGCCACCAUCAUCUUCCUGCUCCUGACAACCGACAACCCGGCCAUCUUCAGGCUCCCACUCAGCAAAGUCACCUACCCCGAGGCCAACCGCAUCUAUUACUUGACAGUGAAAAGCAAUGAAGAAGAGAAGGCCCCCAGCGGUGGAGGUGGGGAGCAGCCACCCACAACAGGCCCAAAGGUGGAGGAGGGCUCAGAGGCUGUGCUCUCCAAGCACAGGAGUGUAUUUCACAUCGAGUGGUCAUCCAUUCGGAGGAGGAGCAAAGUGUUUGGGAAAGGCGAACACCAGGAGAGACAAACCAAAGACCCGUUUCCCUGUCAAUACCGGAAGCCCACAGUGGAGCUGCUUGAUCUGGACACCAUGGAGGAGAGCUCUGAGAUAAAAGUGGAAACAAACACCUCCAAGACAUCCUGGCUUCGGAGUUCCAUGGCUGCUGGUGGGAAAAGGGUCAGCAAAGCCCUCAGCUACAUCACAGGAGAGAUGAAGGAGUGUGGAGAGGGACUCAAAGACAAGUCCCCAGUGUUCCAGUUCCUUGACUGGGUCCUCCGAGGCACAUCUCAGGUGAUGUUUGUGAACAACCCCCUCAGCGGCAUCCUCAUCAUCCUCGGCCUCUUCGUUCAGAACCCCUGGUGGGCCAUCUCGGGCUGCCUGGGUACCAUCGUGUCCACUUUGACAGCCCUCAUCCUGAGUCAGGACAAGUCGGCCAUCGCAGCAGGACUUCAUGGCUACAACGGGGUGCUGGUGGGGCUGCUGAUGGCCGUGUUCUCAGACAAAGGUGACUACUACUGGUGGCUGCUGCUCCCCAUCAUCGUCAUGUCCAUGUCUUGCCCCAUCCUCUCCAGUGCCCUGAGCACCAUCUUCAGCAAGUGGGACCUCCCAGUCUUCACACUGCCCUUCAAUAUCACUGUGACUUUGUACCUGGCAGCCACGGGCCACUACAACCUUUUCUUCCCCACAAUGCUGCUGCAGCCUGCAUCCGCGGUGCCCAACAUCACCUGGUCAGAGGUCCAAGUGCCCUUGCUUUUGAGAGCCAUCCCCAUUGGAAUUGGCCAAGUGUACGGCUGUGAUAACCCCUGGACUGGAGGCAUCUUCCUCAUAGCUCUGUUCGUAUCCUCACCUCUCAUUUGCCUGCACGCCGCAAUUGGAUCCACCAUGGGGAUGCUAGCAGCGCUCACUAUUGCAACGCCCUUUGACUCCAUCUACUUCGGCCUGUGUGGCUUCAACAGCACUCUCGCGUGCAUAGCAAUAGGAGGCAUGUUCUACGUCAUCACCUGGCAGACGCACCUCCUCGCCAUCGCCUGCGCACUGUUUGCUGCCUACCUGAGUGCUGCCCUGGCUAACAUGUUAUCUGUGUUUGGAUUGCCACCCUGCACUUGGCCCUUCUGUCUCUCAGCUCUCACGUUCCUGCUCCUGACAACCAACAACCCCGCCAUCUACAAGAUUCCUCUCAACAAAGUCACCUACCCAGAGGCCAAUCGCAUCUACUACCUGUCACAGGAGAGAAACAGAAGGGCAUCAACCAUAACAAAAUACCAGGCUUACGACAUCUCCUAAGUUUCCCUCUCUAAAACACAUCACUGUAAAUUCAGCCUUCAGCCGGCAGUCCAUGUCACCAGGAUAAGGGGCCACUUAUCCUUCUUUUGGUCUGUUCUGUGACACUCUCCCCAAGCACAAAGAAACAUGUAUGUAGUCACUAUUCCAGAACCUCUCUUUCUAACAUGCACAACACUCAUCAAAGAUAAGAUUAGUCUAGUCUUUAUGCCCAUAGUUUGUCCCGUAAGAGCUCGCUCUGUGGGGAACUUGCCCUCUUCUACAAAACAAGCCUCGUCCGUAAAGAGAAGUCACAAAGAAAGGGAUAGAGGUCAGUGACAUGGUCACCCAACUCGGUCCUUUAAUAUAGCAAAGCACAGUACCAAGAACCGUGCCUUAGCCUGGAAGGCCAGAGGGCUGAUUCUGCCCCAGCUCUGCUGCUAAUGAACCCUACCAUGUUGAGUAAGUCCUUCCCCACUCUCACCCUCACUUUCUUAAUCCGUUUCAUGACAGGGAGGGAUUUGAAAGUCCUUUCCACCUCAGAAAUGUUGAUUAUUCUCUCCUACAAUCUGAUGAAGUCAGCAUGACAACAAGUAAUUACUUUAAGUAAAGGACAGAAGGGUUGCCCAAGAAGAGACAGGAAAAUGUUAACAAAGGUUUAUUCUUGGGUCAUUUGAAGGCUCUCUCCAGACUUGGGGUUAGGAACCUAAAUUCACUGAAAAUGCCAAUGUGCUUUCCUUUACAUUAUAGAAAUAUGUCUGGAAGUGUCAGAUGAAAACUGAUCUUUAUCAACACUCAAAUCAUAUUAUAAACAAAUAUAUUUCCCUUUGUAAUAUUCAUCAUCAUACUCUCAGUAAAUGAUUUAAAUUUGCAAGACGGCAUCAGGGU